GUUGUUGUUGCUUUUUAAAUACAUUCUCUUUUCCUUCGCUAACGUUUGGAAAUCGUUCCGACUAACUUCAUUGCAUCUAUAAACGAAUUUUGCCCCCCAAAACAACCAGAUCCAUUGUAAAGGUGUUGCUAUCACUAUAAUGAUAUUCCUUUGCUUGUGCCGUCUCUUGAACAUAAAUUGAAGUUCGUUGCUGGAUUUAAAAGUGAAAGCAAACCAUUCUACAAACCGCAUCAGUUUCAGAUCUCUUUCAGACUGACAUCAUCCAUGUCUGAGGGGAAAGAUAUGUUUCCCCGAUCAACAAUCCAAGAAGCCAACCGGCACUUGCAGGCACUCUACCACAGAGUUGACGAACUGGAAAGCAUCAUAAAUGAGCAACAGUUGAAGCAGUUGGCUGCCGAUGAAGCCUUUAAAGAAAAAAUAAAUGAAAUCAAUCGCAACCAUGAAGCUGAAGGGAAGGUGUUGGACAUGAGAUUAAGAGAUUUAGAAAAAGAUGUUGAAACUCUGACAGAAACAAUCCAUCAAAAGGAUUUCCUCUUGGAAAAGUUAACCUACCAGUGCCAACAUCUUGAAACCAUUCUUGGUUACCAAAGUUCUCUACGGGAUCUCCUUGAGACAAUGGAAUCUUCCAGCAUAAGUGUCGAUAGUGCAAGAAUUACACGUCCUCUUUCAGAGAAUUCUACCUCUCUGAAGAACGGAGACAUUGAAAAUUCUUCACCAUUCCCUUCAUCGUCAUCUUCUUCCUCGCACAAGGCGGUUCUAGAAUAUUCUGUGACUGAAUUCAGUGACAACGAGUCACCCGUGAAUGAGCGUAAAAAAAAGAAUUUUACUACCAAAGACAAGGAAUAUUAUCUAUAAAAAAUAUUAUUUAUAAAAGCAUUAUUUAUGAAAAAGAAAGAAAAAUACAAGCUAGGGUUAUUUAGCUAUUAUCUACUUGAAUACACUUUUACUUGUGUGCUUGUGUGUUCAUGUGUCUUUAUGUACAGAAAUGUGAAACACUUCAAGGAACUUGGGUAUUCACUGAAGAUCUCAUCUGUGCUACAACGAUGUGGAUCUUUUGAGUAGAAGAAAGGAUCCUUGAAUAGAAGUCUGUUAGAAUAUCAAUCUGUUUUUAUCCUUGUCCUUCUCUCUCUCUCUCUCUUUCUAUCUCUCUCUCUCUCUAUAUAUAUAUAUAUAAAGAAUAAAACGUUUAGAAUGGUACAACAAUGCACUAUAAAACAGACCUCACGCACUUCUCAUGAGUAUUUCCGGAAGAAGCUUCGUGAGACCACUACUGAGACGCUUCCGAAAAA